AUGGAUGUGUUUAAUGAUUGCAUUAACAAGUGCGGGUUAGUGGAUUUACGGUUAGAUGGUCGGCAGCUGUCAUGGUGUAAUGGGCAGCAAGGUAUGAAGAACAUCGGAUCAUUUGCCUAUUUUACUUCGUUGGCGGCGAAGACUGAGAGUUGGAAUAAGAAGGUAUUCGGCCAUGUGGGUGCAGUUGUAAAGCAGUUGGAAGAGCGACUUGAACAUCUUGAUUCUAAGAUGCAGGUGUCCUAUUUUGAAGAGGUUGAGGUGGAGUUUCUAACCACUAAGGCUAAGUUGGAGAUGAGGAGGAAUUUUAGUGUAAAAUCUAUAAGAUUGCAAGAUGGGACAUUACUAGAGUCGAUGGAGAGGGUGCAUGAGGAAGCUGUGAGAUAUUUUUCAGAGUUCCUUUCCCAAGAGGACUCGAUUGAAAUGCCAGAUUUGAACGAUAUAAUUGACCCAGCUAUCUCGGCUUAUGUUGUGGUCAGAUUGCAAGAUGUGCCAGUAGAGAACGAUGUGUAUGAGGCUUUGGCUUCUAUUGCGGUGAACAGCAGCCCAAGGCCAUAUAGUUUUGGUUUCGCGUUUUAUUUAGAUUGUUGGGAUUUUAUUAAAAUGGAUGUGAUGGAGGCUGUGGAGAGUUCUAUUGGGGUGUGCCUUUGUAACGUCAUCUACAAGGUGUUCUUCAAGAUUCUGGUUGCGAAGCUUUCAUUGGAAAUGACAAAGUCAUUACAUCGGAAGGUGAGGGGUGGAAAUGUUAUGUUGAAGCUGGACAUGAGUAAGGCGUAUGACCAAGUUGAUUGGUGGUUUCUGGAGCAUGUCCUUUGUGCGAUGGGUUUUCCUGAGUUUUUCUACAGGGGUCUUCGGCAGGGGGAUCCACUUUUGCCGUACUUAUUUAUCAUUUUAGAAGAGGUUUUCUCCCAGUUGCUUAAAAAGCGGAUGUCUGAAAGAGGCAUUUCUCAUUUUUUCCAUCCGGUUGGUGCUCCUAGAAUUACCCAUUUACUUUAUGCCGACGAUGUUGUUAUUUUCGCGAAUGCUAGUAAGAGGUCUAUUCGUUGUUUAAUAGGUGUUUUGAACGAUUAUGAGAGGUGGUCGAGACAGCGUGUGAACAAAGAAAAGUCUACUAUUUUUUUCUCUAAGAAAUUGAGUCUAGGCAGGAAGAGAGAGAUUUUGGCUGAGAAUGGGUUUGUGGAAGGCCAUUUUCCAUUCACAUAUCUGGGUGUUCCAAUUGUAGAUGGGAAGCUUAAGGCUUCCCAUUUUGGUCCUCUUCUUGAAAAAAUGGGAAAGAAAGUGUCGGGUUUGAAAUGUAGGCUUCUUUCACAAGGGGAUCACUUAAUUUUGUUACCGCAUGUUUUCUCUACUAUGCCUAUGCACUUGUUGUUUGCUCUUCAUGUUCCUAAGCUUGUUUUUAAGAAGCUGCAAGGCUUAUUUGCUAAUUUUUUCUGGGGUGAACAGGGUGGUAAAAGUAAAUGGAAGUGGAGGGCAUGGCAGAAGCUUUAUGUGCCGAUGGAGGUGGGAGGUAUUGGUGUGAGCGAUCCAGAUGAGGUUCAAAAAUCUCUAUUCCUUAAAUUUGGGUGGAAUUUGCUGACAAAAAACUUUCUUUGGGCUAAAUUGUUUCGGGCAAAGUAUGUUAAGCAUAGGCAUAUUGUGCUUAGUGAUGACAGUAGCUCGGGCUUCCUGUUUUGGAAAAAGAUAAUGGAAGUGAUGCCGUCUUGGUGGGAGAAUACAAAAUGGAGGGUGGGGGAAGGAAAAGUCUUCUUGUGGUACGAUAAUUUCUUGGGGCAUGGGCCGUUGUUCCGAGAUGUUAGAGAGGUAGUGGAACCUGACCUUCUGGUAGAGACUUUGGAGCAUGUCCUUGGCAAAGGGAAUUUUGCCAAGGAGGUCUGGAAGUUGGCAUCGGCUGAGUUGGGAAUCCCAUUUGUUCUGCAGCAGUAUUGGCAGGAAAGAGUCCAGAUCUUGACAUCUCAAAUAGUCAAAGUGCAGCACCUGUCGUUCAUGGAUGAACACAUUCUGAGGAGAUUAAAUGUGCCGAUAGUUGAGAAAUCUAUAGUGCAGGUGAAGGUGUUGCGAUGGGUUAAACCGAGAAUAGGACGCCUGAAAUUAAAUCUUGAUGGUAGCUAUUUUGGGAAUCCCAGUCCUGUAGGUGGGGGUGGGCAGCUUCAGGAUAAUGGAGGUAAUUUGGUUUUUGGCUUUUCAAAGUUCUUUGAUUCUUGUUCUAAUAAUGAGGCGGAGCUUCGGACUGUUAUUGAGGGAAUAAAAAUUUGCUGGCAGAGGGGGUUAAUGUGUAUAGACAUAGAGUGUGAUUCUUUAUUGGUGGUUUCGUGGAUACGUUCUUGGAUUUGUACAAUGUGGUCUCUUUGA